GAGGGCUGGUUUUGGGGACACCGAUAAAGCCUAGUCCAAGACUAAGACAUCAGAAGAGAUCAUUGGAGACAUUGAAGAUUUCCAUUCAGCUUGGUGUUUUUGUUUGUUUAGUUUAGGGACUAAGAUUAGACCUAUGUUUGAGAAAUUGGCCCUAAUUGUUCAACUCAAAAGCAUCAUUAGAUUAUUUCACUGCAAAUGAGAUGAAAGUAUGAUCUCAGUUGAAAACGCCAGGGGCAUAGCACCCUGCAUUUCACUGCUCACUUGGCUCUGAAGAUAAGCAGGGUUUUUCCUGGUCACUUCCUGGAUGGGAGAGCUGAAGAUGCUAAAGGUGGUUUUGGAGGUUCUUCUGGUUGGUUCAAAGAUCAAACCCCACGCCCCAGGGCUGUGAAAGGCGCUGUGCUGUAGGUGGUGUUUUGAAGGUGGGAUUUUAAACCAGGAUCAAGAAACUGGUCUCUAAUGAGUACUUGGCACUUAUGGGUGUUAAUGCUGUUGUCUUGACUACAUUUAGUCAUGGCCACCUAAUCAGCUCCAGCUUUCCUUUGGAUAAUUUAUCCCAAGUAACCUUUUUCUUUACAAAUACAAUUAAGAACUAAACGUAUUCAGCUAAUAUUGUAUGUUGGUUCCGUAUGCUUAGGCGUUUGUUCGAGCGCUGAUGGUUGAAUUCAUAAUAGUUAUAAAAACAUGUUAUGUCAAUCACAGCUGGCUGUGUAAGAGAUAGGACUGUUUGAUUUUACAUUCCAAUCGAAAAUAUUUCGAAAUGAAGUAGGCUACCUGAAUUUCAUCAAAACAUCUGUGUGGCUCCAGAGCGCACAGCAAUGUUUCCAUCUGCGCAACAAGAAUUACAUGGGAGGAACCAAAAUGUACUGAGGUUUUCGCAGACGUCAAACGCUACCUAGUGCUCUUUAUAGCCUGAAAAUACGAUUUUUCAGUCUGAUUUCAGUUAAAGUUCAGUAUUUGGGUUUUUGCACAAGUUCUCAAAAAUGUUUGUUCGACCAGCUGUUGUGUUUUUCAGUCUGGUGCUCCUAUGCGAAGCGGCAUCAGCAGUCAAGGGCUCCAAGAAGUCAUCCCGGAGCCGAAAGUGUUCGGACUUACCAGAAGAGAUCCUUGAGCAGAUGUUUGGUCGGCUGUCGGUGGGCGUCCUUAGCGCGUUUCAUCACACUCUGCAGCUAGCACCCUUGGAGAGGCAGAAUCUCACCUGCCCGUCAGCGGGUCGUCCUGUCCGCGACAGAAAGUCUCGUAUCCCCGUCAACCUUCUCAGUAUAUCUCCCUGGGCAUACAGGAUCUCCCACGAACCGGCUAGGUAUCCGAGGUUUAUACCGGAGGCAUAUUGUCUGUGUAAAGGCUGUCUGACAGGUCCUUUUGGACAGGAGAGCAACCAGUACCGAAGUACCCCUGUGUACAUGCCAUGGGUCAUUCUGCGACGAACUGGGGACUGCGUUGGAGGGCGCUACUCUUAUACAGAAACGUACGUCUCUGUUGCGGUGGGAUGUACAUGUGUUCCCUUGCUGGAAAAGGACAGAAACGCGCAGGGCAUCAACCAGAGCCUGGCGAGAAAACAGCCAAAAGCCGGCAAGCUUCGAUCUAAUAAGAACGUAUAGUUGACGUGGAAGCUACAUUUUUGUUCAUAAAUUAAAUUUGACUAAGAUGUUAUGAUGGGCCUACUAACUGUAUCGUUUUAUAAGUUCACGAGUAUUCAUGCAGAGUAUCAUUUAUUUUUUUCAAAGUGGAUAAAUGUAUUUUCUUAAACUGUUGUCCAACCAUGAGGCUAAGUUUUCAGGCAAAGUUGUAGAACUAUGAAUUUAAUAAAAUAUUAUUCCCAAAA